UUGGACGUUCCAGUAGGACUUGAUUAAUAUUCAUGAGUAAAAUCUUUGGCAAUGUAAAGACAGUUGAAUAUUAAUAUUCAUGAGUCAAGAUUUCGCCAGUAUCGCGUCUCAUGGAGGACGGCGAGCUCGUGAUCCUGCAAAAAGCACAUGACGAGUUCAACAGGAAGAACUACAUAAGAGCAGAGGAAUUAUACACACAGUUUAUCGAGUCGUGCACAAAAAACAGACAGUGUAAUUCUCGUGAUUUGGCCAUCGCUUAUAAUAACCGAGGACAAGUGAAGUAUCUCAAGGUGGAUUUCUAUGAAGCGAUGGAUGAUUACACCUCAGCCAUCCAGACCAACAGCCAGUUUGAAGUGCCACUUUAUAACAGAGGGUUAAUACGUUACAGGUUGGGCUUUUUUAAAGAGGCUGAGAGUGACUUUCGGAGAGCCCUGGAGCUGAAUCCUCAUUUUAAAGAUGCUAAAGAAAGUUUAUGUCAGACACUUCUGGACAGUGAAGAAAAGCUGAAGAGAGGAUACUGAUUAAAAUGUCAUCAAUAUGCUAGUCAUUGAAAUUUUAACAAACUGGAUUUUUUUUGUGUGUGUGAAUUAAUGUAUAACUUUCUUUUAGUGUUCAUUCCAAGGUUUACCUGUUGAGUCAGUACAAAAUGUGAUUUUUCAUGAACAAUCGUAAGUGCAUAUGAUUAUGCGGAGUAUAAAUAAAGGGAUAGUUCAUACAGAAAUGAAAAUUCGUUCACAAUUUAUACACCCUAUUGUUCCAAACCUGCAUGACUAUGAUAACUUUCUUCCGUGGAACACAAAAUGAUGUUAAGCCAGGUGCCAUUGGUAAGCAUUCACUUUAUACUAUAUAUAUAUAUAUAUAUAUAUAAACUCCUAAAAUAAAUAAAAAGAUAUAAUGGAAAGUGAAUGCUGACUGAGGCUAACAUACUGCUUAUCAUAUUUUUUCUUUGAUUAAGAUUUUUAAUUCACAAAACCAUAUAAGUCUUUCAAGGUGUGGCAAAACAAAAUGAAUGUUAACAUAUAUUUCUGAAUACUGAAAUCAAAGGAUUGGACAUUUUUCAGUCACAAGUGGUGCAUUAACCAUGCUUUUUAAAUAAACACAUUAUUUAAAA